AUAUUCGUUACCACCAAGCUCUGGAAUACGGAUCAAGGUUAUGAAAAGGCUUUGGUAGCUUUCGAUAAGAGUAUUGGUAAGCUCGGCUUAGAUUAUGUGGAUCUGUACCUUGUCCACAGUCCUUCUCCCGGCACCAAGCUUCGUCCCGAAACAUGGAAGGCAAUGGAGCAUUUAAAAAAGUCUGGCAAGGUUAAGAGCAUCGGUAAGUAUUCACAAUCCUUCAGACUGUAUGUGUUUUAG